CUCAGCGGCCACCACACGGGCCGCAUCCUUUGGCCGCUACUCCUGCACGCUCACUCCCGCGCGGCAACUUCUCUUAUGACAGUGACAGUGCCUCGCAGUGACAUAUGACAGAGCAAUAGUUAGCGCAGAGCAAUGAUGGCGAGGAUGGUGGGGGUGUUGGUUGGAGUGUUGUUAGUGGCUGGGGCAGUAGCCAAGCCAGAAGGAUUCUCCGGAUACAAAGUCAAGCGUUCAUCACCUCCUGGAGGACCCAACGUGUGCGGCUCACGCCACAAAAGUUUUUGUUGUCCUGGCUGGCAACAGAAACCCGGCAACAACCUCUGUAUUAUACCAAUAUGCUUGCGGGACUGCGGCAUUGGAGGGCGGUGUGUGCGGCCCAACUUAUGUAUGUGUUUGGGCGGCUUAAUAUUAUCAUCCUGUGGUAGCACUGGAAGAAAUGGCUUUGGAAGAAAUGGUGUUACAGGAAGAAAUGGCAUCAACGGGGGAGGUACUGUUGAUGGAGUUAGCAUCGGCGUAAAUGGCGGCAGAGUUGACAUCGUCAAUGGUGGUACAAGCAGAGGCAUAAAUGGCGGCAGAGUUGACAUCGUAAAUGGUGGCGAUAGGAUUGGCAUCGGUGAAAAUGGCAUCUUCAGAGGUAAUGGCAGAGGCGAAAAUGGCAUCGAUGUAAGUGCCAUCAACGGAGUUACGGAAGGUGAGAGAAACGGCGUGAGUGGUAUCGGCAAUGGUGGUGUUGACGUAAUUACUGGGAAUGGAAGAACCAUUAAUGGAGCUACAUUUAAUGGAGGUGUACAUGUUAACGGUAGAGAAGUAACAGAAGUUGAUAGAUACAACGGUGGCGGUGUAGUUAAUGGAGGUAGUCGCAGACCAGAACUGGGUUGCCAGACAACAUGUCUCAAUGGUGGGACAUGUCAGGGAAGCCGGUGCCAAUGCAGGGCAGGAUUUUCCGGGGAUCACUGUGCUGAACCUGUAUGUCGAGAGCCAUGUCUGAAUGGUGGUCGGUGUGUUGGGCCAGACCGCUGUGCUUGUGUGUAUGGCUUUACUGGCAGACGCUGUGAAGCAGAUUUCAGGACAGGUCCAUGCUUCACAAAGGUUCAACAUGACAUGUGCCAGGGUCAGUUGCCAGGAGUUGUGUGCACAAAGCAUUUAUGUUGUGCCACCAUCGGCAAGGCUUGGGGGCACCCCUGUGAACACUGUCCUGAGAGGCUUGAUUGUAAUAAAGGCUUCCUUAAAAAUAUUCACAGUUUACAAUGUGUUGAUGUUGAUGAGUGUCAGCAAGGUGCAUGUCGUGGUGGUCAAUGCUACAAUACCCAGGGCAGCUUUACUUGUCGCUGUCCCACAGGGUUUGACAUCUCAUCAGAUGGUCUUUCUUGUAUUGAUCAUGAUGAAUGCAGUGAAACAGGUAUGUGUGCUAAUGGGAUAUGCACUAAUAUGGAUGGGUCAUUUAAAUGUAGCUGUAACGCUGGCUUUAUGCUCUCCCCAUCGGGUUUUGCUUGCAUAGAUAUUGAUGAAUGCGAGGAGAACAGAUUUAUUUGUCUGUUCGGACGAUGCGAAAACCUUGAGGGAAGGUACCGAUGUGUAUGUAGUAAUGGCUAUACACAUGCCACUGAUGGAAGUUUUUGCACUGACAUAGAUGAAUGUAGUGAGACAGGCAUGUGUGAACAUGGUUCCUGUGUCAAUAUAGAUGGGUCAUUUAAGUGUGUGUGUCAACCUGGAUAUACAUUGGCUCCCAGUGGAAAAACAUGCAUUGAUUUAGAUGAGUGUGCAUCAGGACCUUGCAAGAAUGGCCGUUGCAUCAAUACUGAUGGCAGUUUCCAGUGUGAAUGCCCUCCAGGUUUCACAUUAGGUGUGAAUGGUGUGACUUGCCUGGACACAAAAUUGGACUUCUGCUAUGCGAUGUAUCGGGAUGGCCAGUGUUCUAACCCAUCGACUACCCCGACCACCAAGUCAGCCUGUUGCUGCUGCAUUGUUAUUCUUGGUCAACCUAUGGGUUGGGGAACUCCAUGUCAAGCUUGCCCACAGACAGGCACUCAGGAAUUCCUAGCACUCUGCCCACAUGGAACUGGCAUUACUCACGAAGGACAUGAUAUCAAUGAGUGUGCCUUGAACCCAACCAUUUGUCGAAAUGGUGCCUGUGAGAACUUGGAAGGAGGAUAUCGCUGCAUUUGUAAUCCUGGCUAUAGGGUGGAUGAUACUGGUCGCCUCUGCCACGACAUCAACGAAUGUGCCAUUGACAACUUGUUGUGCGAUGGUGGCCAGUGUCGAAACACACCAGGAAGCUACCAGUGUAUCUGCCCGUCUGGUACACAGCUUAAUCCCAGCACGCAUGUCUGCGAGGAUGUUGAUGAGUGCAGUGAACUCGGGGAGGAUGCCUGUGUGGGAGGGACUUGUGUCAAUGUCAUUGGCUCAUACAGGUGUGAAUGUGAUGAAGGAACAAUUCUUGAUUCAACUGGCAGGUAUUGCAUUGACAACCGACGUGGGUCAUGCUGGACUAAGGUGAAGGAUGGACGUUGCGAAAACAAUCUACCAAAAGUGACUCUCAAAUCAGAAUGUUGCUGCACCAUUGGAAAAGCUUGGGGUUCCCCAUGUGAAAUAUGCAACCCAGCUGAUUGUGACUGUCCUAUUGGUUUUGCUAAGAUGGAUGGGAAGACAUGUCAGGAUAUCAAUGAGUGUCAGUUGAACCCAGGAAUCUGUCAGGGUGGUGGUGAAUGUGUAAACACUGAUGGUUCCUUUACCUGUAACUGUCCUCCUGGUCUCACCCUCGAUGACACCAAGACAAAAUGCCUCGACCUGAGAGAAGAGACGUGCUUCCUUGAGUACAGGAAUGGCGUGUGCAGCAAAGAGUUGGAGGGGCUGUUCCGAAAAUCCACAUGCUGUUGUACAGUGGGAAAGGCCUGGGGAGAGUCGUGUGAAGCUUGCCCUCGACCUGGUGCUGAAACCUUCGAUGAACUGUGCCCCAAAAGCUAUGGCUAUGAUGGACGCAAAGACGUGAAUGAGUGCACAACUUAUUCUGACAUGUGUGACAAUGGCCGCUGUAGAAACUCAAUUGGUUCAUUUUCGUGCCGAUGCAAUCAAGGCUACGCGUUGGAUGAAGAUGGCAUAAAAUGUGUAGAUAUUGAUGAGUGUGGCAUCAUGCAUGGUGUUUGUGGCAAUGGUACCUGCAAGAAUACUGCGGGCUCCUUCAUAUGUGACUGUGAUGAUGGCUUUGAAUCUACAAUGAUGAUGCAAGUUUGCAUGGAUAUAAAUGAGUGUGACCGUGUCACUGGACUGUGUCGUGGUGGUCGCUGCAUUAAUACCCCAGGGAGCUUCAGGUGUGAAUGCCCUCCAGGACAUGAGCUGUCCUCAAAUCAGCGCUAUUGUAAAGAUAUUGAUGAGUGUUCUCGCACCUCCGGAAUCUGUUCAAAUGGUGUGUGUGAAAAUAUGAUGGGCACAUACCAGUGUAUGUGUAAUGAUGGAUACCAACAAACAGGGCAGAAGUCCCACUGUGAAGAUAUUGACGAGUGCAGUGUGAACAAUGGUGGUUGUGAUGAUAUCUGCAUCAAUACUCCUGGACUGUUCUCUUGCUCCUGCUCCACUGGAUAUAUGCUGCUCAUGGAUGGACGCUCUUGUGCAGAUGUUGAUGAGUGUAAAGAGAAUGCAAACAUAUGUGCAGGUGGUGUGUGUACCAAUACACCCGGCAGCUACAUGUGCAUCUGUGAGGGAGGCCUCCUUCCCGAUGCUGAUGGUCCUGGAUGUAUUGAUGUUAAUGAAUGUGAAAUGAACCCAAAUCUGUGCCAGAAUGGUAAAUGUGACAAUGUAGUGGGAUCAUUCGCAUGUCGUUGUGAAAACGGCUACAGUGUCAAGGCAGAGCUUGGCCCUGGCUGCACCGAUGAUGAUGAAUGUUCCUUGGGUUCUUUCCGCUGUGACCAGAAUGCUGAGUGUGUUAACAUUGAUGGCACCUAUGAAUGCCGCUGUCGAGACGGUUUCACAGGUAAUGGUAAGACAUGUCGAGAUGUAAAUGAGUGCCUCACCAAUAAUGGUGGCUGUGAUCAUGAUGCCCAGUGUGUCAACAAAGAUGGAUCCUUUAAGUGUGUAUGUGAUAAUGGUUUCCGGGGAGAUGGUUUCUUCUGUGAAGACAUUGAUGAGUGCUCUCAAGACCCAACCUUGUGUGAAAAUGGUCAGUGUCUCAAUUUCCCAGGAUCCUUCCAUUGUGAUUGUGAAAUGGGCUUCAUGCAUCCUGAUGUUCAUAAUGAACAAGAAUGUGUAGAUAUUAAUGAGUGUGACAUGUUCAGCAACCUCUGUGUAUAUGGAAAGUGUGAGAACAUAUUUGGCAUGUUCCGGUGCAUCUGUGAUGAAGGUUACCACUUAGAUGAAACUGGUGGAAACUGCACAGACAUAGAUGAAUGUGAAAAUCCAAAUGUAUGUCAAUAUGGAACAUGCAUAAACCGGCAAGGAACAUAUGUCUGCGAUUGUCCACCACACUAUGAGCUUAUCAGCUCUGGAGCUGGAUGCGUUGAUCGCCGUGAGGGUGGGUGUUAUCUACAUGUUGUGGGCGUACGAGGAGGACGUGGAUUGUGCCAAGACCCUCUGGGUGAGCCAAUGACUAGGUCUACAUGCUGCUGCUCUAUUGGAAAAGCAUGGGGGCCUUUGUGUGAAGUGUGCCCAGCUGAGGAUUCAGAUGAAUUUAAACAACUCUGUCCUGGUGAUAAAGGCUUCCGACCAAACACUAUCACUGUGGUUCUGGAGGACAUUGAUGAAUGCGCAGAAAUGGAGAACCUGUGCCGCAAUGGUCGCUGUUCCAACACAUUUGGUUCCUUCAUGUGUUCCUGUGACCAAGGAUACAGACUGAAUGAUGGAGGCUCACUUUGUUUAGAUUUUGAUGAAUGUGCAGAUGGAAUCAAGUGCAAGAAUGGCCGUUGCUUUAACACGAUUGGUAGUUUUGUAUGUGAGUGUCCAGAGGGCUACAUGCUGCUGCCUAGCCAAGCUGACUGUAUUGACAUGAGAACUGAGACUUGCUUUAUGGAGUAUGAUAAUGGGGUGUGCUCUAUACCAAUGAGGGCUGACAUCACGAAAAUGAAAUGCUGCUGCUCAAUGGGUGCUGCCUGGGGAUUCAGCUGUGAGCCAUGUCCAGAGAGAAAUACAAUGGCCUUCAACGUACUCUGUCACGUGGGUAUUGGUUUGAUCCCAGGCCCAGGUGAUAGAAGAAGACCAUCGGUAGAUGGUUUUCCCACUACUGAUGACAUAUUGACUGUAGGCUCUGGAGAGGGCCCUCAUGAUCGUGAACGCCCUCGACGCCCUGAAGAUCGUGUUCCUGAUGGUAGGCCUGUAGGGCCUGAUGGCAGGCCUGUAGGGCCUGAUGGCAGGGCUGUAGGGCCUGAUGGCAGCUCAGUAGGGCCUGAUGGCAGGCCAAUAGGGCCUGAUGGCAGGCCAAUAGAGACUGACGGCAGGCCUGUAGGGCCUGAUGGCAGGCCUGUAGGGCCUGAUGGCAGGCCUGUAGGGCCUGAUGUCACAAUCCCUGGUAUACACCCUGAGGAGAUUGGAAGUAGUGAUGGCACUGAUGUUUCUAGACCUGGCAGUAGUCGAGUCCCAGUGGUGGACAGUGGCCAGGUGAUUAAUCCCCUAACUGGACAACCUGAGGACUUUGAUGAGUGCGAGCUGAUGGGUCACAUGAUGUGCAAGAAUGGCCGCUGCAUAAACACCAUGGGCUCAUUUCGUUGCGAGUGUAAUGUUGGCUUCCGAUACAAUGAACCCAGUCACAUGUGUGUUGACAUCAACGAAUGUGAACACGAAGGGGUUUGUCAACAUGGUGUCUGCAAUAAUUUUCAGGGAAGCUUCCAGUGUAUAUGCGACCCAGGUUAUGUGCUCACAGCAGACCGCUCCUCGUGCAUUGACUUGGAUGAAUGUGUCCGUUCCCCCAAUAUCUGCAAUAAUGGCACAUGCCUUAAUUCCAUGGGAUCCUACCAGUGUCAGUGCUAUCGAGGAUUCAAGAUUGGCCCUAACCGUGACUGUAUCGGUAAGCUCAUGCAGUGUUUUGUUUCAAAUUAUACAUACAUUUUUCUACCUACAGUAAAUAUAUUCUCUUCUUACUAUAAGCUAAGUAUGAAAAUAUUUAAAGUAUUAAAUGUAUAUUUAUUUAAUCUUUUGCAUAUGCAGCGAGAUGAUGUGUGUCCCGCCCCUGGACGUUGUCAAAAUCUAAUGGGAUCCUUCAUUUGUGACUGCCCAGAAGGAUUCAUAUUGGCACAUGAUGGAAUGUCAUGCAUUGAUGUUGACGAGUGUACUACCGUUGAGAAUAUUUGUGAAAAUGGAGAAUGUAUUAACGGGCGUGGCACUUUCCAAUGUGUAUGCCCUCCUGGUUUUGAAGUGAGUCCUGAUGGCACAAAGUGUAUUGACCACCGCCAGGAGGAGUGCUAUGAGAGAUAUGAGCAGGGUACAUGUUUGGAGCCUCGACCAGUCAGGAUUCUUAGAAAAGAGUGUUGUUGUUCAUCUGGUGCUGCAUGGGGUCUGACCUGUGAUCGCUGCCCACACAUCAGUUCGGCUGAGUUUGAGAAGCUGUGUCCGCUGGGACCUGGCCGAUCAGAAUCUGGUGCUGAUCUGAAUGAAUGUGAGAUCAUGCCUGGAUCAUGCCAAGGAGGAGACUGUGUCAACACUGAUGGUUCCUUCCGAUGUGAAUGUCCCAUGGGUUACGUUCUAGAUCAUUCUGGUCGCCGUUGUGUAGACGACAAUGAAUGUGCUGUUUCAAGCGUCUGUGGUAAUGGCACCUGCAGCAACGUGGAGGGAGGAUUCGAGUGCUCUUGCCAAGAUGGAUUUGCACCAGGACCCAUGCAAGUAUGUGAACAUAUUUACUAUUUCCCAAACUUUACUUUUGUGUUUAUACUGUAUUUCAUGCACUUAUUACCCUUACAGGUGACCAAGGCUGAUUGCUGCUGUACAAUGGGCCUAGCUUGGGGCCCAAUGUGUGAACACUGUCCACGCAGAGGCACUCCUGAAUAUGAUGAUAUUUGUAUGGAAGCUGGCUUUUCCUUUGAUGGCCUUGAUAUUGAUGAAUGUCAAAUGCCUAAUCUGUGUAGAAAUGGAAAAUGUAUCAACACAAUGGGAUCCUACCGUUGCAUCUGUGACAAGGGCUACAAACCUGAUCAUUCAGGAACGAGGUGCAUUGAUGUGAAUGAAUGUGAACGAACUCCUCCACCAUGCAAAUUUACUUGCCAGAAUACUGAGGGCUCAUAUCGCUGCUCCUGUCCACGUGGCUACACUCUCAACCCUGAUGGUAUCACUUGCCGAGAUCUUGAUGAGUGUGCAACAGGUCAACACACCUGUGAAAAUGAAUGUGUUAACACCCAAGGCUCAUACAAGUGUACAUGUGCUCAGGGAUACAACCAAGUUGGUGAACAGUGCAUUGAUAUUAAUGAGUGUUUGGAGCAGACUGGUCUGUGUGGUCCAUUGGGUACAUGUAUAAAUACAAGAGGAAGCUUUAGAUGCAUGUGCCCUCGUGGGUAUCGUCUUGAUCCUUCAGGGACCAUGUGUAUUGACUCUGAUGAAUGUACCGUUGAUGGAUCAUGUGAAUCAGGAUGUGAGAACUUGCAAGGUGCCUUCCUGUGUGGGUGUCCAGAUGGUUACCGGCGUCACCCCUACUACAACCAGUGUGUGGAUGAAGAUGAGUGCUCCCAGAGCACACAGUGUGGUAGUGCAGACUGUCAAAACACGCUUGGGUCAUAUAAAUGUAUUUGUCCUAGUGGAUACUCCUUCAACUUUGCUCUGUUUGUCUGCAUCCAGGUAGAUGACAGCUGUAUUUCCAGUCCCUGUGCAUUUGGCUGCAAUGCCCUUGGUGAUGAUGCUGUUGCUUGUGGCUGCCCAUCAGGCUUCUCCAGGAUUGGUUCUGGUCACUGUAUGUCCACUUUGAAUCCACCAGUUGGUAGUGGUGGUUACACUGGUACAUUCAGUGUUGGUGGAUAUGGUGCUAGUUCAGGUCUUCCUGGUGUCUUUGGUGGUCCUCCUGGUAGUUUUGUUGGUGGUCAAACUGGACCUGGUGGUUUUGUUGGUGGUCAACCUGGUCCUGGUGGUUUUGUUGGUGGUCAACCUGGUCCUGGUGGUUUUGUUGGUGGUCAGCCUGGUACUGGUGGUUUUGUUAGUGGUCAACCUGGUACUGGUGGUUUUGUUGGUGGUCAACCUGGUCCUGGAGGUUUUGUUGGUGGUCAACCUGGUCCUGGAGGUUUUGUUGGUGGUCAACCUGGUCCUGGUGGUUUUGUUGGUCAAACUGCCCCUGGCACUUUUGGUGGUGGUCAGACUGGCCCUGGUGGUUUUGGUGGUGGUCAGACUGGCCCUGGUGGUUUUGGUGGUGGGCCUGGGAGAUAUCCUGGUGGUGGAGGGUUGUAUGGAGGUGCCACUGGCACAGGAGGGUAUGGAACUGGUAGCACAUUCGUCAGUGGCAGCAGCUAUAGCUAUGGAACAUCCCAGUAUGAUCUGGGAGGUGUUCCUACCUUUCCCAUUGGCCAACAGGAUCCACAUGGUGGAACUGAAAAUAUCAUUUCAACUGAGGGAUGUUUCUCUUGCAAAUUCAAUGGACAAAGUGGUCAGACAGGUCGGCGAAGGCGGUCUGUGACAUCACCUCCAGUGAACCUGCUGGGGUUGGUUCCAGCUCCAGUUAAUUUUACUGACAGUGAAGUGGUGGUAGUGCUCAGAAAUAAUUAUACACACAGGGUGGUGCGGCGAAGUUUGCAAGAAGAGUUUAAGAGGCAGGACAGCAUAUCUCUCAAAGCAGCCAAGAACCCAGUCAUACUUAAAGUUUCCUUGGAUCAAACCAAACAUAGAAUGAGACUCCUUAAACUAAAACCAGCCAUUACAUACCUACAGAAUAAUGUAAAAUAUGAAAUAGUGAAAGGUAAUGAAAAUGAAGUGUUUGAAAUGCGGUCACACCAUGGGACUACAUCGCUACACUUCCGGCGACGUUUACGUCAACCAGCAACAUAUGACAUAGAGAUCACAGGACGACCGAUAGAUUAUUCCAACAUCAGUGAACAAGCGCAUAGUGACCUUGAUAUUAACCUAAGGAUCAUUGUGACACACUAGAAAAAGUACAAGUAGAACAUAUGUGGAUGUAGAUCCAUUAUAUUAUCUUAUAAUUCAAGUGCUAUACAUAGAAACAGUUAUUUCACAUUGAAAUUGUGAUUUUAUAUAUAUAUGAAACCUUAAGCUGCUGGUUUGAAUACUAGUGAUAUAGAGGCACACCCAGUGGGUGAUGAACUUCGGUAAUGACUUAUCUGUGGAGGUUUGUUGAUGUACAUGCCAAACAACAAUUCAGAUUUAAUUAAUUUCCAGAGGUGACUUGAGUAGAGCAUUUGUUCUUAAAUGAAAAAGUAGAGAUAUACUGUUAAAGAAAAAAUUGUUGGUUGAAAAUUUUGAAAAAAAAAAAAAAUGCAAAAAAAUACAGCCUUUCAUUCACAUUAAAUAUGUAAUAAAUUUUCAGACAAGAUUGAUUUUUUAUUAAUUUUUACCAUAUUUUUAACAUUUUCUCUUUUCUGUGGUAGUAUUUCGUGUACAUUGGAGUUUAGUGUACUUAGUAGUCUUUAGUGCUUUUUUCCUCCUCAGUAGUAAUAUUUAAGGUAUGUGAAGCUGAGAAUAUUUUAGAUGAUAGAUGAAUUAAUAUUGUAACGGUGAUAUUUUUUGAAGGUGCUAAUAUUCACUUGGCUUAGCUUAUGUUUUUAGUGAUAAUUUAGGAAUCAGUUUUUAUAACAAAACUGAACAGAUGUGCCUUGUUAUUGGCAGCAAUAUACAUGCCAUUUAAAAAAAUUAGAAUUUUUCUAAUAAACUUAUAACUUAUGAUAUAUUAGCGAUUCAUUUCUUGUUUUGCUGAGGCAGUGGUAGAAAUGCCAGUCUUGCACAGCUGUUCACUGAGGCUCUGACACCAGAUCAUGUCUUCAGAUCACAUUAACUAUAAAUAUUACACUGCUAGUAGUAGCACAUUUUUUUUAACUAAGUUUUUCAAAACUGUUCUUUACAUUACAGAAUUAUAUAAUUAAUAAAUGGUUAUAAUCAUAACCAAAAAUUUUAAAGGGGCAGACUGGUAAGCCAGCAGAAGGCCUCGGUCAGAUGACCAAAAACUACAGCUGUGAGUAAUCACAUGAUUAAGAACCUUGUCAGGAAACUCUUGUUCUGUUAUUUAACAAACAUUACCUAACCUAACGAGCAUUUAGCCACCUAGUUAUUGUAGUGUUAGAACAGAUCUGGUGCAAGAUCUCUAAUGUUAGGCUACAUGGUGUCCAACUUUCGAACAAUCAUAACGUCUAGUCCUGGGACAUUGCAUCUCUUGCAGGGUAUGGCCUUAAAGUCAUGUAGUCAAUAUUAUUUAUGUAUUGAAGGUUAAUUACAGCCUUUUUGUUUGUUUGCAUACUAUACUUUAGUAUUCCUGUAUGUGAAUAUGGUCCAUAUCAUGGUCUCUCUGAGUGAUGAUUGUUUUAAAAUUUAGAUAAUCAUAUAUUUAUCUCAAUCUGAUUUACAUCCAUUGUCAGCUAUGAGCAUUUGUUUUGACGUUGCAGCCUCUGUUGAAGGGGGAGAUGCCGUGUCCAGUUCGGUCUCAGCAUUGUUCAUCCUCACUGCCAAAGGACAUCACUUGUUCAUAAAAACUCACCUUAGUAUUAAGAAUUUGAUGCACAAUUUUUAUAAAAAUGCUUAUAUAAUGAGAGGCUGCUUUAUGCUUUUAUAAUUCAUUCAAGAUUCUAUUUUGAUGUUGAAUAGCAAUGCAUUAACUGCUAUUAUAGAGUAAGAAAGACUGACCUUCGCCAAAAAUAUAUAUUUUUGUAACAUUUUAGAGUGGUCCUUUAAAAAAGUUACGAUAUAAUGCACAAAAUAUUGCUGCCAAAUUCAAACAGCUUUUGGAAAGUAAUUAUAACAGUUUACUCUUAACUGAUGUGAUAUUUCUCCUCAGUAAUUAUAGUGAAAUCAAUGCUUAUGGAAAAUUUUGCACUCCUUCCUUUCAACAUGGAUUACAGUAAUUUUUGUUUAUAUAUUGACCUGAGUUGUAUAUGUUUCUUCCCAUAUUUCAAAGCAAGAUGGUGUUGGCAGUAUCUUCCCCAGAUAAUCAUUGCCAGAUCUCAAUAUGUGAUAUCAAAGAUCAGAAUUACAGCAGAGCCUGAAAUCCUUUGGAUACAAAUAACUAGGGAAGGAACUGCCAUUUAAUGGGACAAUAUAUAAAAAAUGUACUUGUUAGAAGAAUAAAGAUGAGUUAACUAUAAUGAAAGGAGUUAGAAAUUAGAAAAAAGAAAUGAAGUGAGGAAUUAAUGUUACUUUUUGUAAGAUUGUGUAACUUGAGAACAUGUGAUAGACCAUUACAUGGAGUGGCUGUGUGAAUGUUGGAGAAUGAAAGCUGUGAGGAAAAUUUCCUUUUGGCAAUUAAAUAGUUUUUACUGGGAUAUGCUGCUCUGGGAAACUGCAUGCUUUUUCCACUCAUUUGGGCAAUGCUCUUGUUUCAUAUACUGUAUUAAAUUGUAUAAUUAUUUCUUAUAAUAAAGAACAAAGUUUUAACUCACACAUACUUUACAUUCAUUCCAUCAAGUGAACAUUGUACUUAUUUUGUACAACACACAUUUUAAUCAUUAUAUACAAUAUCAACCCAUCCUCCUUAGCAAUUGUCAUUAAUUUAUCAUGGCUGAAAAUCAUUAGUAAAGCAAUGAUAACACUAAAAUGUUAAGGUCUGAAUUUUACUGUCUUGCUUCCCUAGUCUUCCCAGUUGUUCUGUUUUCUGUCCACACAUUAAAACAGUCUUCCUCCCUUAUGUAGUACUGAAGUUAUUGAAUAAAUUGGGUUAUUUCACUAAUAUUAUCCUAACCUAAUAGCAUAUGUAGAGAAAUUGGCUUAAACAUUAAAAGUAAAAAAAAAAAAACCUAUGAUAGCAUUAGGAGGACAGGUUGACACUAGACACUUCUCAGUUUAUAUAGAACCAGUCAUUCCAUAGGUUAUCAUUAAUAAAUAAUUAUAUCAACAAACAAGACAUUUUUCCAUAUAGCAACUGUUUUAUUAUAUUCAAAGAUGCUUUAUAGCCUACAACAAGCAGAUAAUUCACUCUAUAAAGCAAAUCAUUAACACAUUCCAUAAAUAUACUAAUGCAUCAUUUCCAUACUAAAUUUCAUCCAUCCCAUGCAACAAAUUAAAUUUACUCUAUCAUGUGUAAAUCACAGAAAUAACAGAUGCCAAAUUAUUUGCAACAGCCAAUUUUUGGCUUUAAUAUACAAUUUGCAGUUCCAGUUUUAUUUAUGAGCGUGUAACUUUAAAUUAAUUUAUUUUUAUUAUAAUGGGUAUGUAAAGCUUAUAAUGUAUUUGAAUUUUUGUUAAAUAGGAUAAUUACAGAAAACCAUUCUCAUUUUUUACAGUUAUUUUACUGCUUUGUUGAGCUAUCAUAUUUAUUUUAUCAGCUCAAGAAGUGUCAAAAUACCUGUUAUAGGAAAAAUUUAAUAUGAGAUUUUACUGUUGAUUUAAAUUAUACACCUCUUCUGUAAAAUAUAAUUUACUUUUAUGGAAGUUGUGUAUACAUUCAUGAGCUGUAUUUGAUUUGAAGUAUGGACAUAUUACAAUAGGAAUGAAUAAAAAAAAGGAUUAAAUAAAAAAGUUUAACUGCUUGUGUAAAUUCAUACUUAUUUAAUUAGGCUUAGACUGCUCAUAAUGCAGAGCCUUAAAUAAAUUGAAAUAUUUUAUAAAUAUGACCAGACUAAAUCUAGUGCAGCUAAAACAAAACUACCAGUAUUUAUGUUCUUCUGAUUCUCAGUGUUGAUACAAAAUCAGUUUUGAAAAAAAUUUACCCAAGCAAAAAACUAAGCUGAAUAUUAACCUAUCACUUAAUGGUCAACUCAUUCUUGCCUUAAUUAAAGAAUAUUCACCAUUUCAUUUGUGUUCCAAAUACCUGUGUGCUUCUGGAACUAGAGUCUGGGCCAUUGUUGCUGAUCUCGUAACAUCAUCUCUGUCGCGAUAGCUGCCAGUCACGUUCUUCUGCAUAGCUCAGAUUGCUUGUAAAAGAUUUGUUUCAUAAUAAAUAUCACCAAAGA